UCGUCAUCAUCAGGAUCAACAAACAGCACCCCGAGGCCCGCGAGGCUUGUAGCGGCGGCGGGCAUGGCCUAACACGCCCACUAAACCAUUGAAGAAUUAAGACAUGGCGUGACGCGAGCACCGGGACACGCCAGGGACGCGCCAGCAAGCAGUGUUGCGGCCAUGUUGGAGGAGCGCGUGGCCUUCCCCCAGCGCGUGGGCUCGGCCCGCUCGGGGUGUGGCUCCUCCAGGGUGGUGUCGGCCAGGGCGGCGGGCGGCAGGAUAGGCUCGGCCCGGCCCUCCUCAGACACCCACCGGCCCAAGCUACACACUGGCCGCCCCUCCUCGGCCCCGCCCGGCCACACUGCCACACCCGCCCACGCCCCGAGCUGGCCGGCGGCGCGGCUGGCCGGCCACACGCACGCCCCGCACCGCACCGCUGACGUCUCGCACCUCAAUCUUAGGGUGGAGGGAAAGUCGAUACGGUCGGUUUCGUACACGCCGCGCCGUCACCAGCCAGUCAGCCGGGGGUCGGUGCGUGUUGUGUCCAGCCACGUCCAUCCGCCCACACAGCCGCGCCGCAGACAGUUCCUGUCGCUACACAAGGCUGGCAGCUACGAGCGGCACAAGGAGGCAGUGGCGGCGGCGGCGGCGGCGGCGGCACACAGCAAGGGUGCCGCAAGGGCCGCAGCAGCGGCAGGCUUUGGCUCCACCUACACUGUGGUGUGCCUGGACCCUGAGGAGGGCCAGGAGGGUGUGGCUGGGCCAGGCCGCUUUGGGGACACCUUCAGCAAGGAUGGCCCGGGGGACGGCUUUGGGGCCACCUACACCCUGCGCAGCAGCCUGGGGGGGGCCAGGCACUCCCCCAGCAGCAGCGACUCUGAGCCGCGGCUGCUGGCCGGGGGGGACGGGGACUAUGAGGGCUGCCCCUCGGCCCCAGGUGAGGGGGGCGGCUACUGGGGGGUGGGUGGCAGCCUCCUCCGCCCCCCCGCCACAGACACAACCUCCAACGAGGACUCCGAGGGCACGGUGAUGAGCCUGGGCCGCAGGAUACAGCUGAUGGCCGCCACCGGCCCGCCCGGCAGCCGCCACCACCACCAUCACCACCAGCAGCACCAGCAGCCGCUGUGGGACACUGAGUGGCGGACGCUGCUGCAGCAGAACCACCACCUGCUGCUGCAGCUGUCCAGCCGUGAGGACCUGCGGCCUGGCCAGGACCUGCGGCCCGGCGAGGACCUGCGGGCCGGCGAGGACCAGGCGGACACCCUGCGCAGCGCCUCCCUGCAGGACAGUGCCGUGCAGACACUGCCCGCCACCCCCCCGCCGCAGCCCCCUGGCCCACCAGGCUACGAGGCGGGGCAGGAGCCGCCGCCCCUGGAGGAGGCCGCCUCACUGGGCUCCCUCAGCCCAGAGUGUGUGCUGGAGGACAUCGCCGAGGAGGAGGCCAGCCUCAGCGACACAGCCUCCCCCCGGCCCACCCUGGGGAGGACACACCUGGGGGGCAGGGACACCCCCACCUCCCCCCUCAGCAGUGCCUCCCCUCGCACACACCAGCCCAGGGCCGCCUCACCACACAGGCAGGACACACACACACACAGCCCCAGCAGGCAGCCCUUGCCGGAGGGCCCCACCCAGGCCAUGAACAAGGCAGCAGCAGCAGGAGACAGCCUGCAGGGCCCCCUCCAGGCCUCCUUCACCCUGCAGGACAUGAACAAGCAGGCAGGAACACCACCACCACCACCACUCACAGACUACGCCAGCCGCUGGACGGACCAACCACAACCCUUGAAGACGGAAGACUACACCAGCCGCUGGACGGACCACUCCCACGCUCCGGCGGAAAUGGAGGACCACAGCAGAGGGUCUCCAACACUCACAGGGGAGACUCAGAAGACCCCAAACCUCUGUGAGCCAGCCCCAGAGUACCUCAGCCGCCCCCCACAGGCCGCAGAAGACCCCCUCAAGGACACGGCCACAGCACCAGAACAGGACGGCUGGGCAGCAGAUGACCCCCUUAAGGACACAGCCACCUCAGCAGCCACAGCCAAACAGGACAGCCCACCUCACCCCCCACAGCCGCAGGUCACCCCGGCCUACACCGACUCAUCCUGCACCGCCGACCUGCCCAGCUACCGCGCCGGGGCCGUCACAACCUUCAUCAUGCGGUCGCGCUUUGCCGCCAGGGACAAAACGGUGCCACUAUUGCGCGCCCAACCAUCCAAGGACCUUCUGGAGGCACUCAGGAUGAUCGAGGACGAGGAGAAGAGUGCCAAGAGUGCCGAGGACCUGCCAGAGAGGGACACGGGUACCUCCACUGCGCCGCGCGGAUUAUCAUCACCCACAGUGCCUCCACGUGGUUCUGGGGGGGAGAGGGAAGGCGGGGCGUCGCUGCCAGUGGUGGAGGUGCUGGUGGAGAAGGUGUUCCUCUUCACGCAGGACCUGGUGGAGCGGUGGCACUUGGUGGAGCAGCACGACCGCCGUGAUGAGCUCCUGAGACAGCUGAUGGAGGCUGAGCGGCAGCUGGAGGGCAUCUGUGUGAGCGAGGGGUGCAAGCAGGACCCCGCCACCAGCCCCCACCUCCACCAGGCCUGCGAGGGGCGGCUGCGGCGGCUGAGGGCGGAAACGGAUGCGCGGAUACAGAAGAAUCUUGACCUCAUCCGGAAACUGAUGGAUGACAAGAAACGGCUGACAGAGGAGUGUGAGCGGCAGGAACAUCGCGCCAAGCUCUCGGCCAACCGCCAGGCUGACCGCACCACGGCGUCGGAGGAGCGUCACACCCAGGAGCUUAAGACCCUAAAGGAACGCCUGGCAGCCUCGGAGCAGGACCGCCGGGAACGAUGGACGGCGCAGAAGACCCGCAGCAUCAGGGAGUCCGUUCACCGAGGUCUGGACACUAAGCUGAAGGAGAUGAGCGCCAAGCAUCGUGACGAACUGAGUCUCAUGAAGGCACAGCACUGGGAGGCACUGCGGGAGGCUGAGGAGAAGGGCCGCGCCAACCUGCAGGCCGCGGAGGAGGAGUGGAAGAGGAAGGCAGAGACGGAGAAGGAGGAAGCGUGCCGCAGGGAGAGGGACAGGGAGCAGCAGAGGCUGGACAUGGAGUUGCGUCAGAGUGAGCAGCUGUCCCUGGCGAGGCUGGAGGGCGUGCGGCGUCAGCAGGAGAAGGACCUCAGGGCGCUGAUCGAGGAGCACCAGGCGGCCAUGGACAAGCUGAGGGUGGAGGCUGAGGCCGGACUGAGGGAGGCACAGAGGGAGAGGGACAGGGUGAAGGAGGAGUGCCAGGACAGAAUUAGGACUCUUACACGCAAACAUGAGGAGGAGUUGUCAAGCCUGCAGCAGCGUGAGGAGCGGAAUCGGAGUGAGUGGAAGGAGCAGUGGAUGAGGGAGCAAGCGGAGGCGCGGAUGCAGGCAGAACGGGAGCUUCGGAGGCGACUCAAGAGCAGAGAGACAAGGAUCAGGCAGGCCAUUCGGGAGAUUCAGGCGGAGACGCAGGCCAGGGAGGGGGAGCAGAGGAUGGCCUAUGAUGUUAAGAUCAAGAACAUGCGUGAGAGGUACGAGCGUGAGAUGAGUGAGAUGGACUGCGGAGAGAGGGCGGCGCGUACUCGUUACCUGGAGAUGAAGGCGCUGCUCACCCAGAAGGAGGAGGAGAUUGUGUACCUGCGCGCCAGGCUCCACACACAGGACCUGGAGCUGUGCGACUUGCAACAGAUGCUGCAGCCUCCAGAUGGCUAGGCCGCUAGACACCUGGACGGCUGGACACACAGGUGAUGGCUGGUGGGUGGCGGUGGCUGUGUGUUGCUCCCUUAUAUAAUUCAUUUCUUAUUGUUCUGUUUUCAAUUUUUCAUCCGUUUCCCUC